AUGGGACGCACAGCGGUGCUGACGUUCGCCUCGCUGCGCAACUGCCUCGUCAACUUGCCCUUGUCCAUCACAGGACCCUUGACCGAGCGAGGCAUUGUAAGUCCGCGCUCGUCGCUCCACCUCGUCCGACGGGCAUAGCCGCCGUUGUCGCAGCCUAGCUGACUCCCACGGACCGACAUCUCAUUCCACAGGCACCCCAAUCUCUAGUCAUUGAGCUCUCAUUUCCUUCGCAAACGAACCCACCCUCCAAGAAGACGGGUGGAAGCAGCAAUGGCACGAGCAAGGCCUACGUCGGCUGGACCGGCCUACCUUCAAGCGUGGCUUCGGUGGCACAGCAUGCCCGGUCCAACGGUGGUACACUUGGAGACAAGGUCGAAGUCGAUCCGCAGUUCGCUGUGAUGCUCGGAUUAGGAAUGAGCGAAGGGAUGCCUGUCAGUACUUGACCUCCGAGCCGCCAGAUCGCCUGCCCCUCCCCCACCAAGCUUUCAGCGCCGACGAGUUGAUCGCUGACCCGAAAGGGUUCUUCAAUGCUCAUGACAGGUGACGAUCGAGUUGAUGAGAGACCUCCCCACUGCCACCUCCGUCGCCGUCACCCCCGUCUCGGCGGAUGACUGGGAGAUCCUAGUCAGUUCUCGCUUUCACGCCCACUUCGCCCAAGACCAAGUCGAGUCAGUCUCAUCAGAAAUAUCUUGAUGAUCCGGAGUCGCACUUGCACAGGAAACAAACGCCGAAUUUGUCGAAAUGAAUUUGCUCAAUCAAGUUCGAGCGGUGAAGGAAGGGAUGAUGGUCGGGUGCUGGGUCGGGGGAACGACUCUCGUCCGAUUUACCGUUGGUCAGUCACAGUCUUCUUACGUGUCGAUGAGGCCAUAGACUGACGCUUGUCCACUCCGCCACAAUAGAUGCAACAACACCGCCAGCUUCACCCGCCGUACUGCUUACGUCGGCGACAGAACUGCUCGUGGCGCCGAGAACUCGAUCUGCCAAACCGCAGCCUCUACCUCCCAAGGUUCACGAUCUCUCUUCCGACACAGCCGCGGUCCCAUCAUCGGUGUCCCCGGAGUGGGACCGCGUCCGGAAGAGACUGGUGCGACUGUUGCCCCUCGAAGUGAUGCCGAGUUCGUCGUCGUCGGACAUCGCCGAGCCACAGUCAUCCGUCCUCCGAUCUGGAUCCAACGAAGAGUUUUCAAUCUACGAUGCUUUCAUAGCUCCCACGCUAUACCAUGCACUAGCCCGCAUCUUUCCGUCGCUGCGGGUGGCCAUAUCGCACCAUCCCAGACCUCCGACAAAAGGGCCCGAUGCGCCAUCGACGAACCCCGAUGAAGCAGGGAAGGAUUCCCACAGAAAGCAAGUCGACGUACGCAUCAAGCUCGGACGGGAGAUCCAGAAUGGACAGAUUUGGCUUAGCGAGGCCGCGAGGCAAGACCUUGGGAUUGGUCUCGACAGGUCUUUCGAAUUGCUGAAGUGAAUCUAUUCCCGGAGCUUUCGGUCUCAACCUUCUUUCAUUCUCGAACUGAACCCCUUCAGUUCCGCCUCUCCAGAUUCCAAGCGUGUCUGACAUUGGCAGCGCGCAAAGCCAGGUUGGCGAACGAGGCGAAGCCACAGUCCGCCUCCUCCCCAUCUUCGACCCACCUCACGAAUGGAUACGCAAAAACUGCGCAUUCGCGGGUUCCUUUGCCCCGCUCUCCGCCUACCACAUCCAUAAACGGCCACAAGGAGUUCCCACUCCACGACAUGGGUUCUGUCGCAACCAAAGCGGCUCCCCGCGUGCAUCCAGUGCUGGCUGGCGUUGAGGAUAAGCUGCAAGCGAUUCGCUCGCACGUUGUGAACUCGCUAGCAGCUCGAACUCUGAACGGCAAGAGGAUCCCCAGUAAGUAGGAGGAAUCCAGAGAUGCAGCUUCGCGCCGUACUCACGCUCCAUGGGUCUGUGCAGCGUCGGGAAUACUCGUCACAGGGAACUCUGGGGCAGGAAAGACGGUUCUGGUACAACAGAUCGGUCGGGAGCUCGAGAUCGACCCUCGGACGUUGACUCGUGCGUGGGAGCAAUGCCGACUUUUUUUACAGCUACGAUAAGCUGAUGAACGAAUUUUUCCAACGUCCAGGUACGCUUUACAUCGAUUGCUCAAAGUACACAGAAGAGCGGCAGUCGACGCUGAAAGCGAAAAUGAAGGAUUGGUUCGACGAGGCGUACUGGCAUGCCCCUGCGUUGCUCGUCCUCGACAACUUGGACCGCAUGCUUGGCGCCGAAGUCGAGCACGCCGACUCGUUUCCUGCCCUUCAUCUCGCACACACAUUCCUGUCAUUGGCUACGCCCGCCCUCAGCUCGCGGCCGAUCGUUCUGAUUGCCACGGCUCAGUCCUCGACGUCUCUACAUCCCCUACUAACCACCACACACCUCCUCGGUGAAACGAUUUCCUUGAGGGGUCCCAACAAGGCCGGGCGCAAGGAUGUGAGUAUCUUGAGCUACAGUGCUACAUUAACUGAGACCACACGUAUUGAUCUUACGCCCCCCUCCCCCGUUCAUCAGAUUGUGAAAGCCCUCGUCGGUGCCAAGGCAGCAACCACUGGCUUGGUCGCUUCGUCACUGGAUUACACAAUCAUCGCCGGUCUCACCGAAGGCUACCUUCCCGCCGAUUUAAGCGAUCUCGUGGGCCGUGCGAUCCAUCAGUCAGCUAUGCGCACGACCUCCUCAACCUCAAAUCUCGAGCUUGGGAUCGACGACUUCCACGCAGCACAGAUCGGCUUUAUGCCGUUGUCACUGCGAGACGUCAAGCUGCAAAAGUCGGACGUGCAGUGGGCCGAUAUCGGUGGUCUUCAUGAGACGCGGCGGGUCAUGCGCGAGACCUUGGAGUGGCCGACGAAAUAUGGCGCCAUCUUUGCUAGUUGUCCACUCCGACUGCGUUCCGGUUUGCUCCUGUACGGCUACCCGGGUUGCGGAAAGACCUUGCUCGCGUCCGCCGUCGCCAAGGAAUGCGGCCUCAACUUCAUCUCCGUCAAAGGUCCCGAGAUCCUUAACAAGUACAUCGGAGCGAGUGAGAAGAGUGUGCGGGACCUGUUCGAACGAGCGCAAGCGGCGAAACCUUGCAUUCUGUUCUUUGACGAGUUUGAUUCCAUCGCACCAAAACGGUGAGUUCUGACGAUACGUUCCCAUGAUCCAUCAUUUAGCUGAUCCCGCCGCUUAUUCGAACACAGUGGUCACGACUCGACCGGAGUCACAGACCGAGUUGUCAAUCAGAUGCUCACUCAAAUGGACGGUGCAGAGGGUCUCGAUGGGGUCUACGUUCUCGCCGCGACGAGGUGAGUAGCCAUCUUACAUGUCCGCCAGAUGCUCAGGCUGAGCUGAUAUUAUUUGAUUGCAGUCGACCCGACCUGAUCGAUCCGGCUCUGUUGCGACCCGGGCGUCUCGACAAGUCCCUACUUUGCGACAUGCCCAGCUUGACGGAUCGACUUGAGGUGCGACGCGACUUGGUACUCAGAGAAAGGGCCGGACUGACUUGGAUGAAUGUUUCUCAGAUCAUACAAGCAAGUGCGAGAAAAAUCGCUCUCGACCCAUCUGUCGAUCUGAACAAGUACGCGGCCAAGACCGAAGGCUUCUCUGGUGCCGAUCUCCAAGCACUGGUCUACAACGCCCACCUCGAUGCCAUUCACGAGACGUUGAACUCGACCACGAACGCUCUCGAAUCUUCGGCAGAGUCAAAAGGCAAGACGGAAAACGAGGACAUCACCUACACAACGUUGGGUGGGCCGGCGGCUUCGGACAAAGUCUUGUCGAGGGCCGAACAGGCGACGGUCAAUAAGCGGCUCGAGUUGAUCCUGAGCACCAUCAAGGCGCAGCAGGCGAGCAAGACAAAGAUCGAGACCAAUCUCAAUGGCGCAGCAAAAGAAAAGCCCAAAGUGCGUCGUGGCCACCGGCGAGUAAGCUGGAAGGGACGUAACUGGACGAGCUAACGAACUCUCCUUCCUUUUAGACUCACGUCACUCCGCUACACCUCGACACUUCAAUGGCGUCGACCCGUCCGUCGGUACCUGCUGAAGAACUGACUCGACUUCGUCGGAUGUGAGCCCAGUCCACUGCCCAGUAGCCCGGUAGUUUCUUCGGACUGACCUCAUUGUGCUGGCCCGUUGACAGCUACAACGAGUUCGUGGAUGGGCGAAGUGCCAACGGUUUGCCGUCGGGUCAAGCGAGUGAAGAAAUUGGUGGUCGUGCGAGUUUGAUGUAG